UUUUAGAUUAUUAUCACAGUUUAUCGUUUCACUCAUUUUCAACAUUUUUUUUUUUUUUAUUAAACAUGCGACGAGUAAUAAUAGGAAAUAUUUUUGUGACACUAUUUAUAAUAGUCGAAAUCUAUGCAGAUUCAUUCUAUGAUAAAUAUGUAAUAAGUCAAAAACAAUGGAAAGCCCUACCUCAAAUAUAUCAAAUACCUAAAUUAAAUUGGCCUAUAAGGAAUGUGAUUGUUAUAACUGAAAAUACAGAUUAUUGUAAAUCAGAAGAAAGUUGCUCGGAAAUUAUUAGAAAUAUUCAAAAGAAUCAUAUGGAAAAAAAUUUGUCUGACAUAGGCUAUAAUUUUUUAAUUGCUGGAAAUAUUUAUUUAUUUAAUGGUCGAGGUUGGCGUUAUGAAGGACAACAUACUUUUAAUUGGAAUUCAAAGAGUAUUAGCAUUGUUUUAUUGGGAUUAAAUCAACAAUAUAUAUCGUUAAAUAAACAAUUGAGAGUAAUGAAAUAUCUUCUUAAUUAUGGUGUUCAAAAUAAGAUUCUAGAUAAAAAAUAUAAAAUUUAUUAUCAACCACAAAUUUUAAAGACUGCCGAUAAUAAUUCUAAUGUAAAACAACAAUUAAAAUUUUUUCCUAAUUUUGAUCGAUAUUUCAUUAAUGAUAAAGAAAAAGUGAAUUUUAACAAUAAAACAGAUGAAUUGGAUCAAGAAUAUUUUGAACCAAUUUCACGUGAAAAAUGGCACGCCAUUGAACCAAGGGGAAAAUUGUCAAAAAUAUUAUAUCCAGUGAAAUUUCUAAUAAUCAGUCAUUUAUCGGAACAAUAUUGUUUAGAAAAAUUAGAUUGUGAAAAGGAAAUUAAUCAAAUUCAAAGAAAUGAUAUGAAAUUAUUAGGAAAAAUGGAUAUUGGUCAUAAUUUUCUUAUUGGUGGUGAUGGCCUUGUAUACAGUGGUCGCGGUUGGAAUUUUGUGGGUGAUCAUACAACUGGAUGGAAUGAAAUAAGUUUUGGCAUUACAUUUAUAAAUUCUUUUCACGAUAUUGCACCAUUUGAUUUUUUAAUUGAAGCUAUCAAUAAAUUAAUUAUAAAUGGUAUUAAAAUUGGCAAAAUAAAAGAAGACUAUAUUGUCUUGAGCGAUCAACAAUUUCAUGAAAAUCCACAAACAAAUAAUUCACUUUAUCAAUUAAUUAAAAAAUGGAAAAAUUGGCGAGAUCUUGAUGAUAUAAAUACUAAUGAUGAUCGUGAAUCAUCAAUUGAAACAGAAACUGAUGACGAACUUCAUUUUGUUCAUCAACAACAAUGGAGUACAAUAAAUAAAAAUAAUAUAAAUAAAAUAGAUUUAAAUUCUCCCGUCAAGUACGUUAUAAUUGUAUAUGAAAAACAAAGCGAAGAUAUUGAAAUUGAUUAUAAAAAACAGAUACAAAGAAUGCAAGAAACUGCAAUUUUUAAUAAUUUAACAGAUAUUAAUCAUAAUUUUUUGCUUGAUAAUAAUGGUAACAUAUAUUAUGGUCGUGGAUGGAAUGUACAAUGUCAAUAUCAUGAAAAAUUUAAUGAUAAAAGUUUAUUUAUUCAUUUUUUCGAAACUUUUCAUAAAAAUGAUGAAUAUUUUAAAAUUCAAAUGAAAAAUUUAAAAAAACUCAUUGAUAUUGGUUUGGCAAAUAAUGAAAUAAUUGAUAAUUAUAUUAUUUUUGAUAGUCGACAAUUGUAUGAAAAAGAAGAAGAUAUAAAUGAUGAAUUUUUCAACCAUAUACAAGGAUGGUCACAUUGGGAAUCAUUAAAUUUAACAACAGAGAAUAUUAUUUUCAAUAAUCAGAAUUUUAUAAAUGAAACAAUUAAUCAUUAUAAAUUAAAUUAUAUUCCUCGAGAAGAAUGGGGUGCAUUAAAUUCAUCAGCACAUUUUGAAAAACUUGAUCUCCCAGUGAAUAUUAUUGUUAUUAGCCAAACAGAUACACCGACUUGUUACAAUAAAAAUGAUUGUAAAUUAAAAAUGAAGAAAAUUCAAAAACUAGAUAUUAAUGUAAAAAAUUGGGCAGAUAUUGGUUAUAAUUUUAUAAUUGGUGGCGAUGGUGCUGUUUAUGAGGGACGUGGUUGGGAUAAUUUCGUUGGACAUUUAUUUAAUUGGUCUCAUAAAGGUCUAAAUAUUGGUUUACUUGGAAAUUUUGAUGAUAAAGCACCGUCAUCAAAAAAAUUACGAACCGUACAAAGACUUAUUGAACAUGGUAUUAAAAUUGGUAAAAUCAAUAAUAAUUAUAAUAUUGUGUGUGAACGACAAAUUUCUCAUACUGUCAGUCAUGGUAAUAAAUUUUAUGAAAUUGUCAAAACUUGGAUUCAUUGGAAUUCAAAACUUGAUGACAAAUGGAAGUCAGUUUAAAGAAAAAAAAAAAAAAAUUCUAUUCUACUAGCAAAAUUACGAUGAGAAAGUUAUUAAAUUAGUUAAUUAAUUAGUAUAAAGUUGUUUGUAUUUAUUAAAGAAAAAAAAAUUACAUCACUUUGAUAUUUUUAA